UCACAUGGAGCAACAGCAGAUUAGCCCCGGCUGUAGGUAGGAGGUGAAGGCAACGCUCAACGUGCUCAGCAGAAGAGAUGAAAACACGGAGGUCAGCUUUCUGCAUAAGGCUGACAGCAGCCACGAUGCUCACAGCAGGAGAUGCUCAGAUAAGGGGCAUUUAACGAAUUUGGAGCUUCUGAAUGUCCCCAGCAAACAUGUGUUCACUGACAGCGAAUGUGACCCGGAUGUCAGCGCUCCUUCCACCCAAAGGCUUUCUGGACUGAUGGGCGUGAACUGAAGCUUUACCAAUUUGCAUGAAAGCGCAGCACCAGGAGCACCUUGGACACCUCCAGCCAGAAAACCAACGGAGAUGGACCCAUCCGACCAGAGGCACUUCGCGGUCGCAGACUAUGUCGUAUUCGCCGUUUUGCUCGCAGCCUCGGCCGGCAUCGGGCUGUACUACGCCCUGUCGGGGGGCCGCCAGCGCACCACGCGGGAGUUCUUGAUGGCGGACAGGAGCAUGCGAUGCCUUCCCGUUUCCCUGUCGCUCAUCGCCUCCUUCCAGUCGGCCGUGGCGAUCAUCGGCGUCCCGGCAGAGAUCUACGCUCACGGCACCCAGUACUGGUUCAUCGGCUGCGCUUACGUUCUGGGGCUUUUAAUUCCUGCCCAUGUUUUCAUUCCCGUGUUAUACAGACUGCAACUCUCCAGCGCUUACCAGUAUCUGGAGCUGCGCUUCAGCAAAACGGUGCGCAUCUGUGGAACUUUGACCUUCAUCUUUCAAAUGGUAAUCUACAUGGGUAUUUGUGUAUACACGCCUGCUUUCGCGCUGAACGCAGCUACUGGAUUCCAGUUAUGGGGAACAGUGCUGGCAACUGGACUAGUGUGCACUUUAUACACAACAAUGGGCGGCUUGAAGGCUGUGAUCUGGACGGACGUCUUUCAGACGGCUGUGAUGUUUGCGGGCCAGCUAGCCGUCAUCAUUGUGGGGGUGCAGCGGACUGGAGGAGUGUGGGAAGUCUGGAGGAAAGUGAAGGAGGGAAACCGUAUCUCUGGCCUGGACUUAAACCCUGAUCCUACAGAGAGACACACCUUCUGGACCCUGGGGGUCGGCGGGGUCUUCCUCAUGCUGUCCCUGUACGGCGUGAACCAGGCUCAGGUCCAGAGAUAUCUCAGCGCGCGCACAGAACGAGAAGCCGUGAGGUCGUGCUACAUGGUGUUUCCUUCUCUCCAGCUGGCUCUGGCUCUGAGCUGUGUCAUGGGUCUCGUCAUGUUUGCACGUUACUGUGGAGAGGACUUUUCUGAGAAGCUUGGCAGUUCCUCACGAGAUGCAAUGGUGAUAUACUUUGUGAUGGACAUGCUGCAAGGCCUGCCUGGACUGCCCGGACUGUUUGUCGCUUGUCUGUUUAGCGCGGCGCUCAGCACCAUCUCCUCUGCCUUCAACUCUUUGGCCACGGUGACGAUGGAGGAUCUCAUCAAGCCCCAUUUCUCUUCCAUGUCAGAGGCGAGAGCGACGCUGGUGUCCAAAGCUUUAGCGCUGUCCUACGGGCUGCUCUGCCUGGCCAUGGCCUAUCUCACUCACCUGAUGGGCGAUUCAGUUUUACAGGUAGCUUUAAAAAUCUUUGGGAUGGUGGGUGGACCCAUCCUCGGCCUGUUUUGCCUGGGCAUGUUCUUCCCAUGUGCCAACUCUGUUGGUGCAGUGGCCGGUCUUGGUGCAGGUCUGGCCGUGUCUUUCUGGGUCGGCAUCGGGAGCAUCGUCACUCGAAGCUCUGGUGCAAAACCGCUGCCACCCAGCUGCUACAUCAACACAAGUGCCAUUGAGACAGCACUCAGCAAUGUCACCAGCCGACCCACAGGGCUGCAGCGGUUUUAUUCUUUGUCCUACAUGUGGUACAGUGGAUUCAACUGCUUAACCGUCAUUCUUAUCGGGCUGAUCAUCAGCUUUCUCAUAGGCCCAAUGAAAGAAGAGGAGGCGACACCUGGAACGAUCUAUCCGUUAUUAGGAAAACUGCUUUGUUUUCUCCCUGAACAUCUGAAAAGGAAGCUGUGCUGUGUGACGCCUCUGAGGCAGUCUAUCCCAGCUCAACAAAGGCCACACUCACACAAAGACAGUAAUGGAGCAGCCACGUUACAAGACAUACAAUCACAGGAGCAGAGCGAGCGUUUUCUUUCUGAGGCGGACACGCGUUUUUUAGAGUAUGAAACAGCUUUGUAACGUUGAACUCUCCCACAUGAGGCUGGAAAUCUUCCAAAACUGAAAGCACUUGGACUGGAACUUCUUGCAUUUGCAUUUCUCAUUCUGAUGCCUUUGCUUAGAAAUGAAGGAUGUAAAUCAGGUUUGCACUUUUGAGCCUUUGCAGCUCCUGGGUCACUUGUAUGGAAGAAAUAAAAUGUCAUUUGAAUCCAACUGUCUUUAGACAUUAAAGUUAUACCAAUUAAUUUUAUCUUGUGCAAUUGUACAUGUUUUUAUUUUUUUUCGCUCAUCAAAACGUCCCCUACAAAAAGUUGCCUGUGAAAAUUUGCCAACAAAUGUGUUGACCUUCUGGUAACUCAGGGCCCAUCCAGAAGAUGCCUUGCUUAGGUGUAUCCAAUAAACUUUGUGGUCGGAUGGGGGUCCCAUCCAGACAAAGCAGCCGCGAAACCGAGUACGUUUGAAUUCUGCUCCCAGAGUGGAUAAGUCUGAAGCCGCUGUAGCUUCAUCUGAACACCCCUAUCCACAGAAUCGGCUACACACUGAUGUGUUUGCGCAUAUGAGCCAAAGUAGACUUCACCUCUGCUUAAAAACACGCAUGCACUAACACAAACAAUAACGGCAGACUUCAGAGUUGUGGCUGUGUUUCAGACACUGUACAAUUUUAUUGUGGGUUUUAUACUAACACAUUUUUGCUCCUCUGCUGCGGUCAUGAAAACCGCCUUGUAAUGAGUGUAAUUUGAUUGGCUAAAAGCUGCUCGACUCGACCUAGCGCCGAUUGCUUUGGCUUGAGUCACCAGAAGGUCAAUGCAUUUGCAAGUACAUUUUUGCAGGUAAAAUUUUUGCAGGCAAAUUCAAAGUAAAAAAAGAAAUCACACAAUUUGACAGGAUAAAAAUUCAAUGUCCAAAAAAAAAAAGGGAGAUUCUAAUGAGAUGCUAUUUCUUCCGUAGAUUUGUGAUUUAGGGAUUUGUAGCCAAGUCAGUGAUUGUUUGCAGAAUGUAAUGUUGUUUUCCGUUUCAGUCAGCUGCUUGAAUGUUUGAAUAAUUGACCUUUAUACUUGUGAAAGUGCACUAUGCUGUUACCUAAAAAUCUAACAAUAAUAAUCUUAUGAGCAAGUCAUUUAUUUUUUUAGCCAUUUUUAAAAAUAAACUUGAUUAUUGAGAAACACUAGUUCAUAGAGGUGCACCAAUCAGGCUUUUCCUGGUUGAUACAAUCUUCAGGUUUUUAUCGAAAGCCGAUCUGCUGAUUACAAUUGUUAUUUAGAAUAAAUUUGCAUUCUAGCAAGUAUAACUCAUACAUAAUAGAGAAAAAACAUGCUUGGGGGCUCUUUUAUCGAGGUGCUAGUUUUCAGUCUCAAAGACAAUGAAUUGCAGGAUUUUGAUUUAUUCGUUAUAACAGAUAUCCCUAAUCUUUGACUAAUGUUUCUAUUAACUCUGAUUAAGUGCAACAAGGUACAUUAUGUUGGUUAAUGUGUUUGUACACCAAAAACGUUGGCAGUUCUUAGUUUUGACACAUUUAAAGAAUAUGGGGGGGAAAUGUAUUUCUCAAUAUUUGACUGAUAACAGCCGAUCAACGACAAAUUGGCUGAUUCCGAUCUCUGGCCAAUUAAUUGGUGCAUCUCUAUUACUUAAGCUGAGCAGAUGGUCCUUUGACUUGAAAACGCUUUACUUGUAAAACUAUUAUGGAACUAUGACUGUACCACAGUUUGAUCACAAGAAACAUGUUUUUUUUUUACUAAAGAUGAAAAAUUUGUAAUAAAAUGUCAAUUUGUUUUUUA